ACGCUACAGUAGCAUUUCAUUGUAAAGGUGCACCUAAUGUUUUUGUCCAAGUCGCGUGCCGCUGAUCACGUGGUAAAGGUCAUGUGACUGCAGUGCAGGUCUGUAGUAGCUUGUCCUCUAGCCCCCAUACAGUACUAUUUUGUCACCGCGGAGGACACAAUGGACAGACUGUUGAUCGUGGCCAUCCUUUUGUUAGUCAGCCCUUUGGUGUGGAGUGUGUACCUAGAAUAUAAUCAAGAUGUCCUGAUACCCGACGAUUGGACCUGGGUUGGUCGGCUCAAGCCCUCAGAGGCAGUGGAACUGACCUUUGCCCUCAAGCAGCAGAAUGUUGACUUGCUGGAGGAGACAUUUAAACUGGUGUCCGACCCUGACUCUCCUCAGUAUGGUAAAUACCUCCAGCUAGAGGAGGUUGCCUCCCUUGUGCGCCCAUCUGAGGUCUCCCAAAAGCUGGUGCAGCAUUGGCUGCAGAGUCACGGCAUCACAGACUGUUUGACUGUCCACACUCAGGACUUCUUACAGUGCACCAUGACUGCACAGGUUGCAGAGAAACUACUGCCAGGCAGCAGGUUCCAGCGUUACAUCAGAGACGGUCACUCCAUUGUAAGGUCCUCAGCGCCAUACUCCGUUCACGAUGAUGUUGGCCAACACCUUGACUUUGUGGGAGGGCUUCACCGCUUUCCUCCUAAAGGAAAGAAGUCCAGCGAGGCCUCAACCAGCUGGACACAAAUGCAUUCUGACACUGAGUUUCACCUGGGAGUGACCCCUGCUGUUUUAAGAGCCCGUUACAAUAUGAGCGCAACUGAUGUGGGAGCAGCAAAGAACAACAGCCAGGCUGUAGCUCAGUUCUUGGAGCAGUACUUCAGCCCUGCAGACCUGGCAGAGUUCAUGAGUAUUUAUGGAGGCAGUUUCCAGCACCUGUCCAAAGUGGACCGUGUCGUGGGCAGACAGGGUGCAGGAAAGGCCGGCUUAGAGGCCAGUCUGGAUGUAGAGUACAUCAUGAGCACAGGUGCCAACAUCCCCACAUGGGUCUUCACUAAUCCUGGUCGUCAUGAGUCCCAGGAGCCAUUUCUCCAGUGGAUUGUUCUGCUCAGCAACAUGUCUGACCUACCUUGGGUCCACACCAUCAGCUAUGGCGACGAUGAGGACAGUCUGUCCACUGCGUACAUGCAGCGCAUCAACACUGAGUUCAUGAAAGCUGGCAUCAGGGGAAUCUCCUUACUUUUUGCUUCUGGUGACAGUGGUGCUGGCUGCUGGCACAUGGCUAAAGAGCAAAACUCCUUCAGACCCAGUUUCCCUGCCUCAAGCCCCUACGUGACCACAGUCGGAGGAACCUCGUUCAAGAAUCCAUUCAAGCUAACGUAUGAAGUCACUGAUUACAUCAGCGGAGGAGGCUUCAGUAAUGUCUUCAAGAUGCCUGAUUACCAGGCUAGUGCUGUGGCAGGAUACCUGAAGUCUGUGGAGGAAACACUUCCUCCCAAAUCAUACUUUAACGUCAGCGGAAGGGCAUAUCCAGAUAUGGCCGCCCUGUCUGAUAAUUACUGGGUGGUCAUCAAUAGAAUACCCAUGCCCUGGGUGUCCGGGACCUCGGCGUCAACUCCAGUGGUUGGUGGCAUGUUUGCACUCAUCAAUGACAAGCGUCUGAUGAAGGGCCUUCCUGUCCUGGGCUUCCUCAACCCUCGCCUCUACAAGCUGAAGGGGCAAGCUCUGUUUGACGUGACUGAAGGUUGUCACCUGAGCUGCUUGGACGAGCAAGUUCAAGGUCAAGGUUUCUGUGCUGCACCGUCAUGGGACCCCGUCACAGGCUGGGGAACACCAAACUACCCCUCACUACUGGCUGCCCUCCUGGUUGACUAAAAAAGGCCAAGUAGUUAAGACAGCCUCUACCCUUGAGAGCAGGUACUGAACACUCUGAUUUUCAUUUUUGUUGGAUCAUUGCCUUACUCAGGUCUGCAGCGAUGUUUGUAUUUGUUUUCACACGAUUGAUUCAAGGCUAAGUGUGAGAAGAGCGGGUAUUUUUAAAGCAGUUCUAUUUUAAAGCUCCAUUGCACUUUAUCUGUUUUCUCUUGCAACUGCCCUACAUUUAACAGCCAGAUGUGCAUUUCUUUUUAAAAUUUAUUUUUAAAAACCAAUCAUUCACAACCCAUAAGCAAAUCCACAUAACUACACUGGAUGCAAUAAUCACUUUUGGUACACCACAUGAUCAUGUUUUUACUCACAAUUGUGAAGUAAAAUUCAGGACUAUAUCGCAUUAACUUGAUUCUUAGUUGUCUAUGUCUGAUUGGCAGCCAUACACCAAUUAAAUGCACUGCAAAUUUUUAAAUGACUCAGCAGUGGUACUUGUUUUAAAUCUUAAAAAGCACCAUCUCCAAAAAUGUGGUAAUACAGAAUUUAAUUUUAUCAUGUCAUGAUUGCUCUACGGUAGAAAAUGCCAAAUGCUCUGCAGCGCUGAUGAAAAUGCAAAUGUGGAAAUGACAAAACAGAACUGCUGUGCAGUAAUGUCGACUGUUGUACCUAAUAAAAAUAUUCAUUUGUGAUCGGGUUCAUUUUCUCACUCUGCAGAGUGUCAUUAGAUCCUGUACAAGACAUUUGGUUGCGGGAUGAAUAAUGUUUAGACCCAGGGGAAAAACAUUUUGGGCUCAAGAAAAACAAUGUUUCAAGGGGAAAAAAAAUUUAAUCAUUGAUCACUAUUGAAAAUCACAUGGCUAUUAUCUACAUGACUGAUAUUGUGUUGUACAAAAUGAAAAUAAUCCAAUCCCUCGUCCAAACACAAAGGAGAGUAAAACUGAAGAUUUGCCACAGCGUUAAUGUCAAUCAGUGUACAAUAUGCACACUUGGGGAGAAGUACAAAAUUGAAAAAGGUUCAUUGCAAAUGUCUGACUUUGAAUGUAAAACAUUUUUAUCUGACUGUAUUCAGGUAUAAAUAAGAUUGUAGGUGUAGAUAACCAUGAGGUGACGAGUAGAAAGUGUUAAUUCAGGUAGCGCCAGAGUCGGGUUGAGUUGGGAGGCCUCAAGUGUAGCAAGGGUCAGUGUUCCCAUCUGCAGACGCAUUAUCAAAAAGUCUCUUUAAAGGUUUGUGUUGAAAAAUGAUACAAAGGGUUAUUGGUUAUCUCACAAGCAGGCAGUCAGGCCACACUGGACAUCAACUGUCCCUGUCUAGGAGAUGCAGCAUGUGUCCUCCAGUGUAUGUCAUUAUUGUGGGCCUCCUUCAAGGUCUGCUUGAAUCACUGGUUGUUCUUUGCUUUGGCGUGUGUGAGGAUGUGCGACUUCAGGUUGGUGGACUGAGCAAAUUUCUUGUUGCAGCCGUCAAAAGGGCACACGUACGGGCGGUCCCCCGUGUGAAUACGCACGUGUGUGCGCAAGUUAAAGUCCAGGGAGAACCUCUUGCCGCAGCCCUCAAACGUGCACUGGAGACAAAAAAAAGCCCUUAAAUUAGAAUAGAUAGCAACAAGACAUUUGUGUCUUAAAAUGUUUGAAGCAAGAAGACACCCACCUGGAAAGGUUUCUCUCCUGUGUGUACCAGUUGAUGCCUUUUCAGUUUGGAACUCUCCACAAAGGCUUUGCCACACUCUGCGCAGACGUGCACGCGAGGCCCAUGAGUGUGCAAGUGUUUCCGCAUCGCUGAGUUGUCCCUGAACAUUUUCGUGCAGCCCUGAGGAUGGGGACAGUAUUUAUCAAUCAAAAUGUUAAUUUCCUCUGACUACUUUUUUAAUACAUAUUUGACAACUACAAAAGUGCUCAACUGCAAAUGAUCGAAAUGUUCCCCAGUGGGAGUGUUCAUGCACCGCAUGCCUAAAGUAGAUAGGCAAAUACUUUAUUCAUCCCCAUGGGGAAAUUCGCAAAUAUACAUAUAUAUAUUUAUUUUUCAUCAAACAGAAUACCUCAUUUCUAUGACGACGUGCCACUUCAGUCUGUAUGUGCUCCUGCCUUUACAAUUCUCAGCUCCCCUUAUGGUGUGCCGUGGGAUGCUUGUAACCUCUGUGCCAUGUCUUUAUGUGAGCAUGCGGCAAGUUAUGACUGGAUUACUUAAGAGUCUAUUGAUUUAUUUUAUGAAAAUUUGACAGUGUAUUUUGUAACUGACGAUAAGCAAUCGGAUUACUGUGCAAAUGCCGGUAUCAAGUCCAAACCCCCAAAUACGUAACCUGUGGACACACUAUUACAGUAUAAUAAUUUUUUUUUUUAAAUCCUCGGUCUCUUUGUUGCUGUUUACAUGUGAAUCUACUCACUGUAGUUUUCUCUGAUACAGCUCUUGUAUUGGAUCCUACUAUACUGUUCAGAUGUACCAAAUUAUAUUCCAGUCAAGUGCAUCUUACCACUACAUCAAAAAGUCACUCACUUUGUGUGGACAUGCUAUAGUCCGGGGUGCAUCAUCUUCUUUCACUUUCUUUGGCUUCAUUCUGUUCGAUAAAAUAUACAUGUUUCAAUGCCAAAUGCAUGCAAUCCUGAGGUGAGAGAAACAUCAACACUUACCUUGCAAAUUCUGCCAGCUGUUUGGGGUCUGACAGAUCAAUGCCUGGGAUGCCCCCUGGCGGCAGUUUCUUGCCGGUCAUGUACUCUGAAUAGUCUGGAGGAGAGUUUUCACCCGUGAUUUGCUCUUCGUGGUCAAUGUCUUUCUUGUCA